CAAAAUAAUUUUCCCAUUAUAAAAACUUUCACGAAUUGUCUGCGUUAAAAGUCAUCAAACAAUUAUAAUAGUGAUUAAAUUGUAUUUACGUGUCAUGUUCUAACAAUUUCUAUUAAAAAAAAAAAAAACAAUCGUAAGCAAUGGGAGAAAAUCGCACAGAAAUAGCGGCUGCCGGCAAAAACAUUGAGCAAACAAAAAAUGUUGGUAUUAUACAGGCAACAAGAAAACGAAUGAUGCUAUCAGAAGUGUAUGUGCACAAAAAUCGAAAAUUAGAUGACGAUGCAAAAAAUGGGAACCAAUUUGAAGUGUUUCACAUCUACGAAUUUGACGAAAGUGAUUCAAAUGUAAAGAUUACGCCGAAACUUUCGACAAAUUGUACGGAACCACGGAAAAUUAUCGAUGUUUUACAAAAUUCAACUGGAUCAGAAACGCCACAGCUACAACGUUUGAUAGAAAAAUUAUGUGCCCAGAAUAAAAAAUGGUCAGAAAUUCAAGAUAAUCAAAACGGCAACCAAAAUGAUAAUGGCCCGAAUGACAAGGUAACUAAUGAAAGUAUUAGUAACAUGUCAUCUGCAUCGAAUGUUCAACCAACAGUUCGGGUGUCUCUGCCAAUGUCUACUCAAUCCACUUCAACGUCUACCCAGUCCAAAUCUGUUACGACACCGUCAAAUAUACCAGCGAUUCGACUUAAAUCGAUUGAUAGUUUGAAAGAAACUAGUAAGUCAAUUACUGCCAAUACACCAAAGACUACAAGUACACCAAAGGUCGUUCCCGUUCAGAAAACGGUUCAAGGACGUGCACCAGUUCAAAAAGUCAACAAUGGUCACGAAAAAAAUCAACAACCGGUUACUUAUACCAACAAAUCGACUUCAACACCAACACCAACACCAGCACCAACACCAACAGUUAAACUCUGGAAUAAUGUAAUUCAGAACAAUGCAACUGAAAAAGAUUUUGACUAUCUGGUUGUUGCCAACAAAGAAGAGGCUAACAAAGAUAAUUCAGUGUUUCGUUUGAAACCGACCAAUGAAAUGAUUGAACAUGCAUCUGGAAGCACUUCUUCAUCGCUGAAAAUACAACAAGUUUUUGAAUGUGUUACCGAUGAAUUUGUUGAAGAUUUAUUGGUAGAAAAAGAAAAACCACCGGCAACCAAAUCAAACAAAGAACCAAGCCCACCUGUUGAUACGAUACUCGAGCAAGUUGUAAAUAAUCAAAAUGCUCAAACGAACAAGGCCAUUACAUUCGUUCCCACAUCAAACGGCCAAUGCACUGACUAUCGAUGCAACAUUUGCUUGUUGUUCAACGAUACAUAUAACGAUUACCUGGCGCAUAUGUGUCGCGUGCAUCAAUGCAAUUAUGUUUGUAGAAAGUGCCACGAAGGAUUUGAACGUAAAAUAGCGAAACUUCAGCAUCUAGAACCGAAUGGAGUAUGUACACGUCCAGAGAAUGCACAAAGAUCUUUUAUUUGUAUUGUUGAUCCACCCGUUAUUUUGAUGAAGAAUGGCAAAGUAUUCGCGUUUAAAUGCAAACAUUGUAGUUUGGCAUUUCAUAAUCAAAGAAAUUAUGUUCAUCAUGCUCAGCGUCAUGCCAAAACUUUUCGAUGCAAGUUGUGCACAGCCGCCAAAGCACUAACAUCUGAAUUGAUGCAACAGCAUUUAAAACAACAUUAAUGUACCGUGUAUGUAAUAUGUAUACUCUACUGAUAAGAAAUUACAAAUUUAGAUUUUAAACCAUUCAAUACACAACAUAAAAGUCAGCGAUCUUUUCUUUGAUUUUUUAUUGAAAAAUUCAGCAACAAACUAAAAGCAAAAACAAAAUUAAUUGAGUGAUAUAUUUUUGAUUAUA